GGCGAGGAGAGGCUCAAAAUGGCGGCGCCCUUAGCGGAGGAGCUGGAGCGGCUGCUCAACCCGCUGCCCCGCGCCCUGCACGACCCGGAGGACGACCCCGAGGAUGCCACCGCAGCCAGGGUGGUUGACAAGUUUGACGAAGGAGAUGAAGAUGACGUCCUUGCACUUGGACACAUACGGAAGGGAGUCUCCUCCCACCUUUUGGAUGCUGAUAAGAGAUACCAUGGGAAGGCCAUAUCCCGCAAAGCUUUGGAGGAAGAGAUGUGGGGAGACGAUCAACUGUCAGAUGAGCAGACUUCAAACGAGGAAGAGGAAACAGAUGAGGAGGACGAGGACCAGGAUGAGGAGGAUGCUACCUGCAGCCAGGAGGAGGAAGAAGAAAGGAAACCGCUGGGGAAACUGAAGGACGGAGAUUUCGUUUUCCAGGCUGUGGACGAUUUUGCGAAAUUUGCAGAAGGGAUGGACGAAAUGGGCAGUGCGAUGGAAAUGCUCGAGGAAGAUGAGGAAGAAGACAGUGUCGAAGAAGGCAGCGGAGAUGAGGAAGAUAGCAUGGAAGAAGGCAGCGAAGGUGGAACAACGUCAGAGGAAAGCACCGCGGGGAGUGAGGAGGAGGAGGAGAUGGUGGCGGAGGAUGUGAGGGAGAGUAAACAUCUCGGGGGACUGUUGCCAUUGUCUAAAGACCGAGUGGCCGAAGAAGUUGCUAAAGGAAAAGCCGUGAAGAAUCAAAUAGCUCUGUGGGAUCAGCUCUUGGAAGGGCGAAUUAAACUGCAGAAGGUUCUCCUGACAGCCAACCAGCUUCCCCAGCCAGAUACCUUCCUGGAGUUUAAGAAAAGAGGAGGACAGGAGUUUGCCACUGCACUCAAGAACAAUUACAAAGCCCUCAAGGCUUUGCUGAGGACCUUGGUGGAUCUGCAGGACGAGCUUUUGCACCAAUACUCGGGCACGAGGCAUCUGGUCGACGGAGAGCAAGGGAAAGAGGAGAGCAACGAAGAGAUCCCAAGUAGUGAUGAUGACGAUGACCAAGCUGAGAUGGAAGACAAGGAGAGGAAGAGGCCACCCAAACGGAAGCUGGGAAUGGACGAUUACCCAGAGUUCGCGGCCAAGCGGUUUGCCGACUUCCGGGCCUAUCGGAACAGCACGUUGCAGAAGUGGCAUGAUAGGACCAAGCUGGCUUCUGGGAAGCUGGGGAAGGGUUUUGGUGCCUUUGAGCGUUCCAUCUUGACCCAGAUCGAUCACAUCUUGAUGGACCGAGAGAGGUUGCUCCAGCGGACGAGGACCAAGCGGUCAGCCUACAGGGUGCUGGGGAAGUUGCAGCCAGCCCCUGAGCCGUUGCCAGCGACUUUGCCAGGACAGGCGGAGGCCCUUCCACCAACAACAUCCAACGCACACCUCAAAGACCUGGACGAGGAGAUCUUUGACGACGAUGACUUCUACCAUCAGCUCCUCAGGGAACUUAUUGAACGCAAAACCAGCUCCUUGGACCCCAACGACCAGGUGGCAAUGGGCAGGCAAUGGCUGGCUAUCCAGAAACUGCGGAGCAAAAUCCGGAAGAAAGUGGACAAAAAGGCCAGCAAAGGAAGGAAAAUUCGGUAUCACGUCCACAGCAAGCUGGUCAGCUUCAUGGCCCCGAUUGACCAUUCCACGAUGACUGAUGAUGCCAGAACGGAACUUUAUCGAUCCCUCUUUGGCAAACGGCCACAUCUCGAAGGAGGCGACCACACUUAGUGGUGGGUGUUGUGCUGCCACAAGCUCUGAACCUAGGAGAGGGGAACGUCCACCACAUUCGGACACUAUCCAUCGCUCUGCGACUUCUCCUGCUCCCUUCCCUUCCUCCCCAGUCGAUGGAGCCGUCGUUUCUUGAGCAUAACCAGGAGCACCCACCAUACUUGAUGCAGUUGAGAAGCCCCCAGAGGUAUCUCCACUUCCUUGGAGUUGGAAUGCUCCUGGAAGCUAACCUCAAGGCUCACCCAACGCACGACGACCUCAGCAAAGAUAGGUUCACAUGGAGAACUGCGUUUUGGAAGCGUUGGGCAACUGCUCUGCCAAACUGUGCUUUCUCCCCAAGUAACCAGCCACUUUAAGAGCCUAUGAGCAAUCUGGAAGCGUGAGAAUAACUUCAAAGUUUCACGGUAACCAUCUCUGGGUCAAAUCCGGAUGAAAGCAAACCAUCGUACCCUGGUUCUCUGUACGAAGGACACUUCAUAGGGGACCUUUUUAGCAUCAUGUGUACUUGGAACUCCUUGACGGUGGUCAGAGACCCUGUGGAAUGAAAUCGGAAUUAAAGAACUGUGUGUGUGUGUUCCUGGGGAAAAGAUUAACAGAGGGUACAGCACAACCGUGUUUGUUAGUGACAUGCCCUUGAGCGGAACUUGACGUCUGUAACUAUCCAAUCAUCUCUGUUCUAAGGAGACGUGAUUUUAAAGUGGGAAUUAAGGAAAUAGAACACCAGAAUAGUUGCUUAUGGUUAUGCCCUAAACCACACUCUCUUCCUGCCUUUGUUUGCCAGAGCAGCUGGGGCUGAUGGGAAUCGUAGUCCAGAACUUCUGGAGGGCAACCAGGUUGGGAGUUAGCCAGUCCUCAACUCUCGGGAGGUCUGUUCUUAAAUAUGUGUGGCCCCAUCAUCUGAGUGGUGGCUUCCAAGGAGACCAAAAGUGGGAAGCAACCAAUGGAAUGCUUUUGGUGAUUUGUACUCCCCUAAAGUAUUUAAUUAUUUUUGCUGAUGGGGGGUUUGUGGAUUGCCUCUUCUGCCCCUCCCCCAGUUGAGAGAUGCUCUUUGUUAGAUUUACACCGGGACUAACCUCUACAGAGAGAAGAUGAUUCACUUGUUUUUAUUCAGAAGGUCAAAAAAGCUGGAAAUUAAAUCCCUAUAAAGUGGAUUUAUUAGCCUGCUGUGAUCAAUCGCCGAUGGAGAUUAUCUUGCAUAAGUAUCAUGUGCAUAUGUAUGUUACCUGUAUUGAUUGCCGGAGGUGUUGACUCUGCAACCGCCGCCCCCCCCCCCCAAAAAAAAACCCCUGAAUAAAACAGCUUUACAGAGCUGGCCACCUCAUUUAUUUAUUCAAAAUGUUUCUAGGCUGCCUUUUUUUAAAAAUAAGGGUGAAAUCCUCCCCCCCCCCAUACAAAAGACAAAGCAACUAUUUGUUUAUUUUGUUUAACGAAAGGUAUAUAUGCCUCUUGAGUGCAAGGAAACCUCUUAAGGGCAUACAAUAAAUAUUAAAGUUUAUCCAUAAAGACAGUAAAAAAUAACAAAAAUAACACUAUGUCGUCCCAUUCUAAUGUAAUGCAGUCAACACUCAGUAUUUAUUUGAACGAUUUAAGAGUAGUGGGACAAAACAGUUUAAGAGAAAAUGAAAUAAAUGGGGAUUUGGUUGGAUUUUUCUCCCUCCCAUAGAAUAUUAGCACUCGGGGGGCAUCCAAUGGAGCGGAAUGUUGGAAGAGUCCAUACAGACCGAAGGAAGUCCUUCACGCAGCACAUAGGCUGUGGAACUCCCUCCCACAAGAAGUAGUCAUGGCCAUGAGCUUAGAGGUCUUGGGCAAUUUCACUAAGGAUAAAGGCUAUGGGUUUCUCCCCACAAUGUUCUGCCUCCGAAUGCCAGUUUCUGGAAAUGGCAGGUGGGGAGAGCACUGUUAAGUUCAUGUCCUGCUUCCAGGCUCCUUGUUUGACUGCUGAGAAGAGGAUGCCGGGCUAGAUGGGCCUGGAAUCCAGCAGAGCUGCUCUGGCGCUCUUCAAAGCCAGCCUUGAAGGAACCAGUGCCGUUUUCAAGGUGGGGCUCUCAACCAGAGCUUUGGGGGUCCAAUGCAACCUGAAAUGUGCCGGGGCUGAUCUGUUCACAAUUCAUUUUAGCUGCUGAAUGUAUUUUAUUUUUAAACAUUUCUCCGCCAAAAUCUCAAGGCAGUAUACUCCUCCUCCCCACCAAACAGUGUUGAUGGCGGUUGACAGUAUUACGGUAUUUCUGUAUUUUUUAUUUGAUUUCUUUUUCGUUUUUUAAGCCUAAAAUGAAGACAGGUAAGGCAUGACUAAAAACUUACCAGCGAACACCAAUUUCAACAACAGUGGCCUGGUUGGAACCAUGGUUUCUUGAAAUUGUGAUGUAGUGUUAUGUGUGAACCCAGCCAAUCUGCUUAACUAGAGUUUGUUUGCUUCCAGGAAACCAUGUUCUGAAGCUGUAUUGGCUUACAAACCUUGGUUGGUUUUAACUAUGGUUUGGUAUCGCCUGUGAAGCCGGUACUUAACCCAUGGUUUUGUUUGGCCACCAGACUUCUGUUGGUUGGCCUCAAACUUUUUUUUUUUUGGUAGGCAUCUGUCUUGUCUCCAAGCUUAUAAAAGCACAAGUUAAGCUCACCUGGAAAACAAACCAAGCUUUGGAGAAACCAGCCGCAGUUUGUUCAACCGUCUUUGGGACAACUCAUGGUUGACUCUGCAAAUCACAAUUUAAAACAAAGCAUUGUUGAGUGUUCUGCAUGAACCCAGAUGAGUUAUAUGUCAGCUUUGGGGACAAAAUGUCUUUGCCUGCCUGUGGAAAGUCACUGGAUGGAGCUAGCUUGAGUGUCCCUUGGAAAGGGGCUCCAGAGCUUAGGAGAAACCACCAAGAUGAAAUGUUGGUCAGCAAUGGCAGCCACCCAGCUUGAGAGGGGAUGUAAACAGUGUGAUGACAACACCUUGUGUUUAUGGAGGAGUAGCUGAAAUCUAAUUGGAUAGAGCUUAUAUCUACCAGCUAGUUCCAAUCUCAUCACCAUUCUGCCCUUCCUGAUCCUCGUCCACAUAGCUGAAGCUUCAGGAAUUCCGUUAGAGCCACAGUGAACAGAGGAGGAGGUUCUCGUUUAAAAGAGAGGGAAGGGUUUCUAGUCCUCUUGAUUGUAUAUAUAAAAAAAAGGCAGGUGGGGGAAACUUGAAAAUGAAGCUGUUGGCCAGUUAAAAGACCCUUUGAUUUAUUAUCUAGCUGCUAAACACUGAACAAUUAAUUAUCUCCUUCAUUUUGACAGACAUUUGAUAAGUUGCAUUGCCUGCCUUGUAGCUUUGGGCAGUCCUGUGCAAAAGUGAUGCUUUGACAAGAUUUAGAAAGGGCAAGAGGGUAGGAAGAUGUCCACUCGCCUAUUUGCUGUUUUGAUGGUGAGCCAGCUCUGUUGGAUUCAGGGUCCCCUCCUGCUCAUUCUGCUGUGUGGGGCUCUGGGUGUCUGCCCCCACCUGACCGUGCCACCGUUCUUUAAAAAUAAUAAUUAGAACUCCCCCCCCCCCUCCGUUUCUGCUGUGUGGCCACUCUAAUCCAAUGAAGCUCAGUUAUUUUCUGUAAUUCUAGCUGUGACUUGAGCUAAAACAGGACACCCCCUUCUUUCUUUCUUUUUUACAGGCAUAAGGACUAGAAACUUUGCUAGUUUUUGUUUUUUAAUGUGAAGAAAGGUGGUAUUUUGCUCCUCCGGAGAUACCCUCAGCCCCAGAUGGUAACCCUAAAUUUAAAAUAAAAAUAAAAAUAGUGUGCGCUUGUUGCAAAAAGCUACUUUCAGGAAAUGAAAUGACAGUGUGAAUUCUAUCUUAACGCGGGCUCUCCAAGUGGCGGAACGAGGACAGUUAUCCCCAUCAGAAAAUCGAAGAUUUUUUCCCACCCCGCCCCCUCCAGGGUGCAGAAAGUAUCUGUGUCAAGGUGAGUAUUGACUUUUGUCUUAGAAAAUGUAUGUAGCAUGGAUGAAUAAAUCUUUAUGUGCAUUUGCAGCAAAGCCAGAGCUGUAGAUCUUAGAGAAGGACAUUGAUUUUUGCCCGCUUCUCCACCCCCCUCUCCACUGCCUCCCAUUUUCUCCAGCUUUCCAAAGAGUCAAAAUUUGCCUGGCAUAAACUUCUUUAAAAACAACCACCACCACCACCACCAUUCUGUGGACCUCUUCAGAGUUUGUCAUAUUUCUAUUCUUGGAUUUAGUUGCCCUCCGCCCCUGGGGAAAGUUUUUGAGAGUCAUGGUCUAUCCUUUUGCUAAAACUAUAAGUGGUAAAGCUACCGUAAGAACUGGGGUGUGAAAUUAGGUUGCAGCCAGCUGUUUGGGGGUUGGACGCGGGUUUUUAGAUGUGUACUAUUGGACACGGAGCGGAGAAAAGCACAUGAUGCAAACAGGGUGUCAAGUAAUGGCAGGAAAGCACCAAAGCACAAUUGUUGAGCACUUUCUACGCAGAAGGUCCCAGGUUCCAUCUCCAGAUAAGACUGGGAAUUGUCCCCAUCCGAAAUCCGGAAGAGCUGCUGCCAGUCAGUGCAGACAGCGCCUGAGAAAGGUAGACCAGCGGUCUGAAUAAGUAUAUGGGUAGUCUUAAAUGUUUUACUGUGCUUAAUGUUUUUAAUUUGUUGGAAGCUGCCCAGAGUGGCUGGGGCAACCCAACCAGAUGGGGUGGCAUAUCAACAACAACAUGUCUCCCUGGGUUUUAGGGAAACAACAGUUCCUAGAACCCAGGGAGACAUGUCAAUGUUCAUUUCCCAAAGUUCCAGUAGCUGGGGCCGAUGAAUGGUUUUAUUUAACGAAUUUAAUUUGAGACACAAUUCCUCCUUAACUCUCCCUAUUGUUUACAAAACACCCGGUUUUGAAGGCCGCCUCUUUUAAUACUGUCUUCCGGCCUCACAUCUUCUCUUUUGCCACGUCAGGCAGACCUCAGGAGUAGGACCAUAUUUUCAAGUGAAGGCUUUUGGAAUUGCUUCCCUGUGCCAUCUUGCAAACAAUGAAGGGCAGCAUGUAAAUUGAAUAAACAAACAAACAAACAAACAAACAAAAUAACCCCCAAGCCUGUUGAUUGCAGUGUGGACUGUAUCACACCUAUAUUCCUCUCUUUUCUCUUGUUAUAACUAAACUCAGGGCUGGGAAGUCCGUGGCCUAUAAGAUGUUACCAGGCUACAACUCCAGUCAUCCUUGACCUCCAACUGGGACUGUUGGAAGCCCAGCCCAACGGCAUCUCUGACAUAACAGGUAUGUUUAGCCUGAAAAAGAAGAGACUGAGAGCAGAUGUGAUAGCUGUCUUCAAAUAUAUGGCAGAUGGAGCAAGCUUUUUCCCUCGAACUCCACAGAGUAGGACUCAAACCAGUGGCUUCAAGUUACAAGAAAGGAGAUUCCGGCUAAACAUCAGGAAUAACUUUCUGACUGUAAGAGCUGUUCAACAGUGGAACAGUCUCCCUUGGGAGGUGGUGGUCUCUCCUUCCUUGCAGGUUUUCAAGCAGCGGGUCGAUGACCAUCUGUCACGGAUGCUUUAGUUGAGUUUCCUGCAUUGCAGGGGGUUGGACUAGAUGACCCUCUGGGUCCCUUCCAAUUCGUACAAUUCUAUGAUUCUACGAUGGGGUGGAGAACUGUAGCUCCAUCCUACAGCAUCUGCUUUGCGUGCAGAAGGUCCCAGAUUCAGUCGACAGCGCCACCAGGUUAGGGCUAGGAGAGACUCCAGUCUCAAACGUUGGGAGAGCUGUUGCCAGUCAGUGUUGACAGUACUGAGCUAGAUGGGCCAGUGGGUUUGACUCAGUUUCAGGCAGUCUCCUAUGAGCCUGUGUUUGCUAAUUGGUUAAGCAACGGGUCUUCUGCUGAAUCCCUCUCAAGGUUACAUCACUGCUUAUAGAUUGGCAGAGGGGGUGUGUGUGUCAAGGGACGUGUUAGUUGCAUCUUGCAUUGUGAACCCACCAUGGAGCCAGGGGUCAGACUAGAUGACCACUGGGAUCCCUCCUUCCUCUAGAUUAAAUUAAGGUUACCAGAUUUUUUUCAAUGAACCUGGGGACACUUUUCAACUUCAAUGGAUUUUGUAUGGGGGCUGAUUUGUAAAUCUGGGGACUGUCCCUGGGAAAGGGGCACCUGGUCUUUGAAAUGGAUAUUAACAUGCAAAUACUCAGUACUGGUUUAGAAUUACUCAAUGUCUGUGUGUGUGUGUAUCUAUAUACUUGGGUUUUUCCUGUGUUUUGGCAGGGUUGUGUGUUUGUGUUUUUAGCAGUAUCACACACAGACACACAAUCUAUAUAAUCACUGGUUAUACACAGUGGAUAAUGAAGUAAAGCUGUCAACCAAUUAAAGAAUUUUAGCUGAUUAAUAGCCCUCCUUUUUAACCAGUGCAUUGAUUUUAAUGAAUCAAUUUAAAUUUAAAGACAUUUGCAUAUUAUCACCAUCUUUGCUCAGGUGCCUUUUGGAGAUAUUGAAGGACAGAUGAGAUAACAACCUGUUUAAUAAGCAAGGCCACCACUCUGCGUUAAAACUGGAGGGCAAGGUAAUAGAGGAGGUGCUUUUGCACCCAGAAGGGUUUAGGGUCAGUCCCCACCCCACCCCUCCUACCCCACCCGUGGAAAAGGGUGCCGUUUGAGGUGCAGAGAGAGGGUGGUAACCCAUAGGCAGGGCCUGCUUGGUGGUGACACCCCAACUGUGGAAUGCCACUUCCCAGGAAGACCUGCCUGGCCCCGGCCUUGAUAUGGUGUCAUGUGAGCACUCUUGUAUGUUUGUUUCCUUAGCCUUAACCAAACAGCCGCCUCACGGUCUCAGAUCUCCAGUCUGCCAUAUAUGGCUGUUUUUUGAUCCUUUGGAAAUGGUUGCAGUGAUUUACCUUUUGUUUUUGUUUUUAAGAAUAAUCUGUGUUUUAAAGUCGUUGCUUUCAUUUUGUUCCUCUGUCCCCUCUCUUAGCUUUUUCUCUUAGGGAAAACUAUGGGCCAUAUCUAUUUAUUUUCAUAGAAUCCACAGGCCGCUUGAUUGUAAAAAAGAAAAAAGAAAGCUUCAAAGUGGUUUACAAAAGAACAAAACAAUAAAGGCUUAUGGCAAGCCCUGCUAUCAUCAGGCAUCUCUGAAGCACAAAGGUUUUUGUUUUUCCCCUGUUCAGCUGUGAGCCAUUGAAUGAUAAAAGGUGUUGAGAUGAGAGUGGGGCCUCUCCGCAUGUGUGAAACUUAUCAGAUGAGAUGAUAGAUAGAUAGAUAGAUAGAUAGAUAGAUAGAUAGAUAGAUAGUGUAUACCGCCCUAGGCCCAUAGAUCUCAGGGCGAUUCACAGCACACACCAAAACCACAAAAUAGCUUAGAAGUGGGGAACUUCAAAAAUGUGGGGUUUGGGGGCAGGGGGAGGAUUCCUAGCUUUUAACAGAAUAAGGAAAUGCCCAUAGCUCAGUGAUUCAGAGUUCGAUCUCCGACAUCUUUCCGAAAACCCUGGAGAGCUGCUGCCAGUCAGUGAGGACAGUAUUGAGCUACAUGUAUUGAGCCCCACGUUGGGCAGAAGUUUCCUGCAUUGCAGGGGGUUGAACCGGAUAACCCUCGCGGUACCUUUGAGCUCUACAGUACUAUGAUUCUAUUAUUCUCAUUAGCAUUGCCCAUCAAUGGACGAAGGGCACAAUGGCAGCAUGGAAAGGAAGGCACCUUUGAAGCUCCCGAUUCCAUCCAACUGAUGGAUCCUGAGCCAUGUAGGAUCUAGCCUUGUGGACAUGCCCUUCCCCCCCCUCCCCUUGACAGCGCUUGAAGUCCAUCUUUGCAGAUUUAAGGUUGAAAUGGAAGCUGGUGGAACCAGUCCUACUAUAGAACAGGUCCUCCCAAUGCAGGCCAAGGGAUUUUCAGUCCAGAUUUCCUCUGGCACUCAACUCAUUAGGCACCUGUAGACAAGCAACGGAAGUUGGAGAAGGGAAACCCUUUCUCUCUCUCUCAUUUUUCUGGUGAAUUAACAUUCUUCCAUGUUUGUUUCCUAGACUUUGGGCAAGCAGCCACUUGCCAGCCUCAGUCCCCCAGCCUGCAGCAUGGGCGUUCUGGGGAGGAUUACAGAAAGAAUCUUGGUUUUGUGCUUGGAGCCCUCUCUCCCAAGUAAAGGUAUUAUUUAUAAAUCCUUGCUAUUAUUAUUAGAAUAGGGAAUUUGCUAGUUUGGCACCUGUUCUUGGCAUAGGGUUUUCCGUGCUGUGGUUCGAUGAGAGGUGUGUGUGUGUGUGUGUGUGUGUGUGUGUGCGAGUGAGUGUGUGUGUGAGAGAGAUGCCUGCUUCUCUGUUUGACACAAGUGUCUUAAAGUUACCUCCUGAUGCUUCUGAGUUUCUUUGCAGGCAUAUUAAAAGGCGAGCAUGGAAGCUCUUAAAAUGCUUGUUUCAUAUUGUUCGCAGAGAUAAGCAGAAGGUAGGGUAGUGGGGAGAAGAGAAAUUCAAAGCCUUGCCAAGGGUACCCUUGAAUCUUUACUUAUCAGCGUCCUGGCAGGCUUUCAAUCUUUCCCCCCUUACCUGGGGGGUGCGAUACCCUGGGAACGCAGGCAAGGAGGCUUCAGCUGGGACUCGACCUGGUUUCAUCCACUGAGGUUGUUUCUCUUAUCCUCUCCACCAGUAGGGGGGGUGGGAAUGGUCUGUUUCCAGGACAGGCAGCAGAGAUCCGAGCUUGUUCAUGUAACUCCCAGCCCUGGAUCCAAACCAAGCCCUGGAUCCUCUCCAAAGUGUGUGGUUUGGCAGCUGCAGAAGUUAACCAGCUCUACUUCCAGUGGCAGGUCUUGCUGUCUGACUGUGGCUAAUUUCCAGCGCUGUGGUCCAAACCACUGAGCCUCUUGGGCUUGCCAAUCAGAAGGUUGGCGUUUCGAAUCCCCGCGAUGGAGUGAGCUCCCGUUGCUCUGUCCCAGCUCCUGCCAAACUAGCAGUUUGAAAGCACGCCAGUGCAAGUAGAUAGAUAAGUACCACUGCGGCGGGAAGGUAAACAAUGUUUCCAUGGUGUUCCGUUGUGCCAGGAAGGAUUUGGUCACGCUGGCCACAUGACCUGGAAAACUGUGGACAAACGCUGGCUCCCUCAGCCUGGAAGCGAGAUGAGUGCCACAACCCAUAGUCGCCUUUGACUGGACUUAACCGUCCAGGGGUCCUUCACCUUUUUUCUCUCUCCUUAAUUUCUCUCCAUCUUGUGUGCAGGAGAGAGAGAAAAAUAAGACGCAGUCCUAUGUGGGCACAAGGCUUGUGUGUACUUAAUAAAUGCUUCACAGUUUCAAAAAGGGGCUUUCUUUUUAAAUGUCAUCUUAAGCAAAGGGUGUUGUUUUUAACAUGAAACAGACGAAUUUGCCCCUCCUUUCCAGCAGCGUAUGCUUGCUAUUAAAAUGGCGGAGAAUCUGGUGUCCUAUGCGUGCUGAUACUGGGGACGCGGGUGGCGCUGUGGGUUAAACCACUGAGCCUAGGGCUUGCUGAUCAGAAGGUCGGCGGUUCGAAUCCCUGUGACGGGGUGAGCUCCCGUUGCUCAGUCCCAGCUCCUGUCAACCUAGCAGUUCUAAAGCACGUCAAAGUGCAAGUAGUUAAAUAGCUACAGCGGGAAGGUAAAUGGCGUCCGUGCACUGCUCUGGUUC